UAGAACAACAAUUCACAUAUCCAUCUAUUUCCUUCAACAAGAAGCAGAAGAAGAAGAAGGAGGAGGAGAGAGAAAGAAGCGAUGGCCUUAGGCGUAGCGGCUCUUCCGUUCACUUUUGUGGUACACGCGCUGGGGAUUUUUCUGCUGGUUUUGGUGUUGGUUUGGACAAUAGAUUUCAGAGGUGGUUUCGCUUGGGAAGCUACCAACAAGAGCCUCAUCUUUAAUAUUCAUCCUUUGCUGAUGUUGAUAGGCUUAAUUGUCAUUGGGGGUGAAGCGAUUAUUAGUUAUAAAUCACUUCCUUUUACGAAAGAAGUGAGGAAAUUGAUCCAUCUGGUGCUUCAUGCAAUUGCUCUCAUACUUGGUAUCGUGGGAAUUAUUGCUGCUUUCAAAUAUCAUAAUGAGAGCGGCAUUGCUAAUCUCUAUAGCUUCCAUUCCUGGCUUGGAAUUGGCAUUAUUGCCCUCUAUGCUAUUCAGUGGAUAUAUGCGUUCCUGUUAUUCUUCUACCCUGGAGGGCCCGUUGGGCUUAGGACCGACUGUCUUCCAUGGCACGUGGUAUUUGGAUUUCUUAUUUACUUGAUGGCCAUCGGCAAUGCUGCAAUUGGAUUCUUGGAGAAGCUUACUUUCCUGGAAAAUUCAGGGCUCGCAAAGUAUGGGUCGGAGGCCUUCCUCGUCAACUUCACCGCCCUAAUUACAAUACUAUUUGGAGCCUUUGUUGUAUUUUCUGUUCUUUCUCAGGCUCCAGUAGAAGAAGACCAGGGCUAUUCCCCCAUCUAAGAUUAAUCUAAGAUGUUAAUUAUUUAAUAUUUAUGGAUUGUAUGGACGGAACAAGGAUAUAUAUAUAUAUAUAUAUAUAUAUAUAUAUAUAUUUUCUGGACAUAAAAUUGUGUCUUAUUUCUUAUAAACAAAAAUUAUCAUAAUUCUUGGUUUUUUAA